AUGUCAAGGAUACCUGAGAUUGCAGGAGUGAGUCCUAUACAUAAUGGCCAAGUCUGCAGUAUGUGGGGUAACUACCACUUCAAGACCUUUGACGGAGACAUCUUUCAGCUCCCCUCCACCUGCAACUAUGUUGUGACCUCACUGUGCUAUAGCAUUUAUGAGGAUUUCAACAUCCAGAUGAGGCGGCAGGUGGUGAACAACCAGCCCACCAUUAGCAAGAUCACCAUGAAGCUGGAUGGUGUAGUGGUGGAGCUAUCCAAGGGUUCAGUUGUUGUUAAUGGGAAUAAUGCCACCUUACCAUUCAGCCAGUCUGGUAUUCUCAUUGAAGAGACUCCCUCCUACAUCAAGAUCAAAGCAAAACUGGGAUUGGUAGCCAUAUGGAACCAGGAUGAUUCCUUCUUGGUGGAGAUGGACAUCAAAUUCAGAAAUAAGACCUGUGGUCUAUGUGGAGAUUUUAAUGGAAUUCAGCAAUUUGAUGAGUUCUAUAGCCAUGGUAUGAAAUUGUCCCCUGUCGACUUCGGAAACUUCUGGAAAUUGGAUGGUCCCACUGAAAGCUGUACUGAAAACACACUGCCUUCAAAUCAGAAUUGCCCCAAUCUGAAACCAGUUUGUGAGCAGUUGCUCUCCGGUCCUGCCUUCAGCAGCUGUAAGGACUUGUUGGCCAUUGACUCAUUUGUUGAGGCCUGUGUAUCUGACCUGUGCCACUGUGAUAACAGCACCAAGUCCUUCUGCCUAUGCAACACUAUCUCAGAGUACUCCCGCCAGUGUGUUCAUGCAGGCGGGAAGCCCAAGCAAUGGAGGACUGAACAGUUCUGCUAUAAGACCUGCCCCUUCAACAUGGAGUACCAGGAGUGUGGAAACCCCUGUGUUGACACCUGCUCCAACCCCGAGAGAGGCCAGCUGUGUGAGGAACACUGCUCAGAUGGCUGCUUUUGUCCUCCAGGAACCGUUUUUGAUGACGUCAACAAGAAUGGUUGUAUCGCCUUGAGUCAAUGCUACUGCCGCCACAAUGGAAAAACCUACGCACCCGGAGAGUCUUAUUCAAGCACUUGUAAAGAUUGCUCCUGUGCUGGUGGUCAGUGGAAGUGUGUGGACAAGGACUGUCCUGGCACCUGUGCUGUGGAGGGAGGAUCCCACAUAAACACCUAUGAUGGAAAAGCCUACACCUUCCAUGGGGACUGCUCUUAUGUUUUGACCAAGGACUGUGAUGGGAUGCAAUUCACUGUACUGGGUGAUCUGGUGCAGUGUGGGCUUUCUGACAGUGAGACUUGUCUAAAGGCUGUUACCCUGUCCCUCUCAGAAGGAGCCACUGUGAUCAACAUACAACCCAAUGGAAAAGCCUUUGUAAAUGGAAUCUAUUCUCAGCUGCCUUUUUCUGCUGCUGGAGUAACUAUUUUCAGAGCCUCCUCAUUUUUCAUCAUUGUCCAGACCACCUUUGGCCUCCAGUUGGAAAUCCAACUCUCACCAAUCAUGCAGGUCUAUAUUGCUGCAAGCACCGUUUGGCAGCAGAGAACUUGUGGUCUUUGUGGAAACUUCAACAACAACCAAGGAGAUGAUUUCAAGGUCCUGAGUGGAGUGACUGAGGGCACAGCCAUUGGUUUUGCAAACACCUGGAAAACACGAGCCAGCUGCCCAGACAUCAAGAGUAGCUUGGAAAGCCCCUGCAGUUUAAGUCUUGACAAUGAGAAGUAUGCCCAGCACUGGUGCUCUCAGCUGGCUGAUCCUAAAGGGUUGUUUGCUCCAUGCCACACAGCGAUAAGCCCAGACAUGUACAAAGAAAAUUGCAUGUAUGACAGCUGUAACUGUGAGAAGAGUGAGGACUGCAUGUGUGCUGCCGUCUCCUCUUAUGUCCACGCUUGUGCUGCCGAGGGAAUCCAGCUCAGCGGCUGGAGAGACACUAUCUGCAACAAAUACUCCACCUCGUGCCCUAGCACCAUGGUCUACAGCUACAGCAUAAAAAGCAGUGAUCGCUCCUGCCGUUGCUACAGCGACUCUGACUUUACCUGUUCAAUCACCUUCGAGUCUGUGGAUGGGUGUGUCUGUUCUGAGGGAACCUACCUGGAUGAUGAGGGCAAGUGUGUUGCACCAGCCAGCUGCCCUUGUUAUUACAAGGGCUCAGUGGUGUCCCCUGGAGAGGUCAUCAGCAAGGAUGGAACCAUGUGCACCUGCAAGGAGGGAAAACUCCGUUGCAUUGGAGAUUCACCCGAUCAGUCCACAGCAUGUGUUGCACCAAUGGUUUUCUUCAACUGCUCCAGUGCAAGCCCAGGAGUGAGAGGGUUAGAGUGUCAGAAGAGCUGCAACAUUCUGGAUAUGGCCUGUAUCAGCACAGAGUGCAUAUCAGGCUGUAUGUGUCCCUCUGGACUGGUAUCCGAUGGAAAAGGAGGCUGCAUCAAGCCAGACCUUUGUCCUUGUUCUCACAAUGGAGCUACUUACCAACCAGGAGACAGCAUCAAGGUCGACUGCAAUACCUGCACUUGUAAAGACAGAAAAUGGCAGUGCACAACUAACCUGUGCCAUGGAACCUGUGCCAUUUAUGGAGAUGGACACUACAUUACUUUUGAUGGGAAACGAUUCACUUUCGAAGGAGACUGUGAAUACACUCUUACAAAGGACUACUGUGAGAACAACAAUGCCAACGGCAGCUUCAGAGUCAUCACUGAGAACAUCCCUUGUGGAACAACAGGCACCACCUGCUCCAAGGCCAUUAAGCUCUUCCUGGGGAACAAUGAAUUAAUUCUGACAGAAGGGAACUACCAAGUCGUUGAGAGAAAUACAGGGGAGGCGGUUCCUUACCAGAUUCGCACAAUGGGUAUCUACCUUGUGAUUGAAGCCAAUAAUGGUUUGAUUCUCAUGUGGGACAGGAAAACAAGCAUGUUCAUCAAACUUAACCCACAGUUCAAGGGACAUGUCUGUGGUCUGUGUGGAAACUAUGAUGGCAACGCGAACAAUGACUUCACUACCAGGAGCCAGGCAGUGGUUGUCAAUCCUCUAGACUUUGGAAACAGCUGGAAAGUCUCUGCAAGCUGCCCCGAUGCAAAGAGCAAAAGGAGCCCCUGUACUGCCAACCCUUACAGGCAGUCUUGGUCACAGAAGCAGUGCAGCAUCAUACAGAGCAACGUUUUCACAGACUGCCAUUCUAAAGUGGACCCCUCUCCUUUCUACGAUGCUUGUGUGACAGACUCAUGUGCUUGUGACAGUGGUGGAGACUGUGAGUGCUUCUGUACCGCUGUGGCAGCUUAUGCAGAGGCCUGUAAUGAGGCUGGAGCCUGCAUAGUCUGGAGAAGCCCACAAAUCUGCCCACUGUUCUGUGAUUACUACAACCCCACUGGAGAAUGUGAGUGGCACUACAAGGCAUGUGGAGCUCAGUGUAUGAAGACCUGCAGGAAUCCCUCCGGGAGCUGCUCAACUCAGAUACCACCUCUUGAAGGUUGCUAUCCAAAAUGUCCUCCUGCUCAACCCUUCUUUGAUGAAGAUAUAAUGAAGUGUGUGGAGAAGGAGCAGUGUGGCUGCUAUGGCAGAGAUGGAAAACACUACAAUAAUGGAGAAAAAGUACCGACCACAGAAAACUGCCAGACAUGCUAUUGUAAUUCUGUGACAGUGGACUGCAAAUACGAUGUACAAGCUUGCACUUGCACCUACAAUGGGAACAAAUACCCCAAUGGGCAUAUCAUCUAUCACACCACGAAUGGGCACAGCAGUUGUAUCACAGCCAUCUCCUACAACCAUUUCACCAACAACUACAAGACCACCUGUUACGACGACAACAACAACUACAACAGCAACCACUUCCACUUCAUCAACAACCACGUUGACUACAAAAACCCCGAACUGCACAGUUUUUCCUCCCAUCACUACUCCUACACCCACUACUACAACCUCAACAUCGACAGCUCCACCUACAACAAAAACAACAACUCAGACCCACAGCCCUAG